AUGAAAAUCACGCUCCCGAAAUCAUUCAUCCUAAUCAGGUGCUUCCUCGUCUCUCUCUUCCUCUUCCUCUUCCUUCACCUAUUCUCUGCACACAACUCUAAAACCAUAACGACCACAACCAAAUACCUCAGAAUCCGACCCGGCUACUCCUCCUACGAGGCCUACUUACAGCGCCAACUAAACAAGACCCUCAAUCCCAGGCUCCGAAAAAUAUGGACAACCCGCGACUGGGACCGGAAGAUACCGGUUUUCGCACGCUUCUUCGAGGACCUUAAGGAUAAGAAGCUUCUAGAAAACACGUCCAAAGCGCUGUGUAUUGGUGCACGCGUGGGGCAAGAGGUGGAAGCGCUGAGGCGAAUCGGGGUGGCUGACUCGGUGGGAAUGGACUUGGUUCCCUACCCGCCCUUGGUGGUUAGUGGUGACUUCCAUAACCAACCGUUUGAUAACGGCACGUUUGAUUUUGAGUUCUCGAAUGUGUUCGACCACGCGCUGUAUCCGGAACGGUUCGUGGCGGAGAUCGAACGGACGUUGAAGCCGAAGGGCGUGUGCGUGUUGCACGUGGCUCUGUGGAGGCGCGCUGAUAAGUACUCGGCUAACGACCUCUACAGCGUUCAACCCCUUGUCGGGUUAUUUAAGAAUUCUGUUUUGGUUCACGUUCGCAGCGUCGAUGGUUUUGGAUUGGACACCGAGGUUGCGUUCCGUAAGGUGGAGCCUCCGCGUCACCGAUUCUAA